AUGGCAACAGAGAUUUCGCAAUCGGCUCGCGUCCACGCUCGAAACAAAAACAGGACGAGCGCUCGCGGACAUUUGGAGCAAUUCAAGCAGGAAACUUUUGUCCCACCAGUGUGAGCUGUCAGCGCUUCUUCACGCUGGUGUCGCCCCGUCAAGGUGCCCGUCUUCCACUUCCCGGUCAGCGGUCACACAAAUGAGCCGGCCGUCGCAGCCUAAAGUCUUGUCAUCGGAGCACAACGGCGUGAGCGUCAUCCAGAGUCAGAGCCACGCCGCCGCUUCCUCCGCCGCCGCCGCCCUGCUACAGCAGGUCCCCCAGCUGGUGCCCGCCCACCCGUCGUCCCCGGGCGGCAAGGCCGCCGCCCCCGGCAAGAUGAAGAAGGCCCAGGCGGACAAGGACAGCGACGAGUACCGUCAGCGGCGCGAGCGGAACAAUCUGGCGGUGAAGAAGAGUCGUCAGCGCAGCAAGCAGAAAGCCAUGGACACGCAGCAGCGGGUCAACCAGCUCAAGGAGGAGAACGAGCGUCUGGAGGCCAAAAUCAAACUGCUCAGUAAAGAACUGAGCGUGCUCAAAGACCUCUUCCUGGAACAUGCUCACAACCUGGCCGACAACGUGCAGCCCCCCUCCGGGAACACCGACGCCAGCCCCGCCCCCGACAACCACAGAGAUGGCUUCCCAGUUGACGUUUGUGUUGGAUGCUGCGCCCCUUGCAGUAACGAGGACCAACCAGAUCCUCAUCAGGCUUUCGUGAAAUAAACUCGUUGAAAUUGGACCAACAACACCAGAUAUUAUUUAUUUACACCAUUGGGGAAAAAAAAUGGUUUUGAUAUUUUUUUUCUUGAUCUUUCUGUGCUUUGAAUUGAACGGUAAUAAAAACCUGUUGGAUGGA